AUGGAAGUUUUAUCAGACAUCCUGCAGCCCUACAAGGAGCUGGUGGGCACGGUGGCCGGCAUCGUGACCACUGGCCAGAUGUUCUCUGGCAGCUUCAUCUGUUACGACAUCUAUAAGCAAGGGAACACCAAGGGAACCAGUAUCAUGGCGUUUAUUGGCGGGUUCAUUAUGAGUAUCUUAAACAUAAAAUUCGGCUUCAUCCUCCGCGAUGACAUGAUGAUCAAAGUGAACUUCUUCGGUCUGAUGCUGAACAUCAUCUACCUCAUGAUAUUCUUCCACUAUUCCACGGAGAAGGGACAGGCGUGGUUCAGCAUGGGUGUGGGAGGCGCGGUGUCCGCUGGCCUCAUCGCAUACAGUGAGAUGGAGGACCCGGCACUUAUUGAGAACAGAUUUGGCACUAUCAUCACUAUCUUCAUGUUCUAUUUGAUAUCCUCCCCAUUAUUGGGACUGAAACACAUUAUUAAGACCAAGAGUACAGCGGGUAUGCCCUUCCCAAUUAUAUUCUCGGGUACCAUCGUCACCUUCAUGUGGCUGCUGUAUGGUAUCAUACUGAAGAAUAAGUUCCUAGUGCUUCAAAACACGGUUGCCCUAGUGCUGUGUUCAAUCCAGCUCUCCCUAUUCGUGAUUUAUCCGUCCAAGAAGAGCAAAGAGAAGAAAUCAAAGAAAUCAAACUAG